UUUGUGUUGUUGGACUCUACGUUGUUGUUACUAAGGUUACCUGUUGGAAACCGGCGCCACCAUGUUUUUCUAGCUAGCUCUUUAGCUUCGUUUAAUUAUCAACAGUCGACCGCUAGCGUUAUAAGCUAAAAACAUUAGAAUACUUCCUUGGUGGAUGUCACCUCUGAUAUGUUUGACUUUAAGUUGCUGUCCAUUGAUCUCCGUUAACUGUCAUUUUCACGUCUAUAGGUAAAAAUGUUGGAUCGUAAACAACCAUUCAGUGUUUAAAUUAUUAGGAGAGGAGCUAAUAGCGUUAGCAGCUAAGCUAAAAGCUAACCAACGGGGGUUACUUCAUCAUGAUGCGUUCAGGCUCUACUCUAAUGAGGACGUUAUGUUUUGAUGUGUUCACGUGUCAUCUGUAAUAUAUAUUUAUAUAGCUUUAGUCAUUAGAUUCCAGAGGUUUUCACCUGAAUAUAAAAUAGAUAUUAGUGAUCCUAACGCUGAAUUUUAAGCAUUCAAAAACAACGAGGACAAUUUUUUUAUUCCUGAGCUUUUAAAUCGUUUGUUUUUUAUAAAAACAAGAACUAUAGAUUACUAAACUAUUUGUUAAGGUGAUGUCAUGAAUAGAUAUUGUGUGACCAGCUAAUAUCCAGAGAUCUAUCUGUUAAUAUCGACCAUCGAUGAUCAAUAAUUAGUAUCAACAGAAAUAAAACGUAAUCUAACAUUUUUGUCCUUUGUUCUAAAUGUUCUGCAACUUUGAGAGUAACCAGGGUUCUAAUGGACUUGCCACAGGCUCCCAUCAUGCUUUGCUUUGUGUUACUGGAACGGAGGCCGAUGAGGAGGAAGCGGGGGGCGGUCCUGUGACCCGGAUGGCGGAUGUGGUUCUGCACUACCGCCCUGGAUCGGUUGCCGGGCUCAGCGGGCUGCUGGAGCGGGCCGAGAGGCUCCUGGAGUCCUUCCCCUGCAGGACUCCUCCCGUCUUCACGCCAUGGUCUCCCGUUGCUGCUGACCGCCACCUGCCCAUCAGACCCGCCAAACCGCCACCCGUCAUCACCGGCCCACCGCACCGGCUCCCCCCUGAAGGCAGGAGGCACUUGCCACGAGAACCAGAGGUUCCCCGCCUCGCUGCUGAGGGACAUCACGACGGCCGCCCAGCCCUGCAGGCGCCGCUCAAGCGCUCGUGGAGCGUCUUCACUCAGAGCAGAGUUCUGCAGGACGAGUCGCUGUCCAAAGAGUUCCGUGGCGUGGUCGCCGCCUUCAAGCUCCACCUCCACCAGAGGGCCAAGUGGGUGAUUGGACGGCACAACUGUGGAGGGGGCGGAGACAUCGAGCAGGUGUGGCGGACUCUGAACCAACACGCCCGGAGCUCCAGGCUGUCGAUGUGCAACGCCAACAUCCGGCGGGAGCGGGCGGAGAUCUGGGUGUUCUGCGACGUGGUCCGAUCAGAGGAGGUGGGCCGCUUCCUGAAGGAGGAGCUGCAGCUGUCAGGGAGAAUCGAGCUGUGUGUUCACCGCCGAGGGAACGUCUUCAGCGUGUAGACGAGUCUCCGCUGGUCCAGACGGUUUUAAUGUGCAAACACUGAGCUGGAUAUGAAUGCACAUGAAGACACAACGGAACAUUUGACCAUAUUUACAUUCUUUAUCUCUCUACUACAGCAGAACUCCAUUAUUAUUUGUGAAAAUAAUUCUGCUUUUUCUACAUUCAUGAAUUUGAGAUGAGAUCUUAUUGAUUGUAUUGUCCUGCUGCUCUCUGAUGUAAAUAAAGGUCUAAUGUUUUUUUAA